CAGCAGAUUUCAGACAUUAUUUUAGGCCGCCACUAAAAUAUUCAGCCCGUGAGUCACUGUUGGAUAUUUGCAGUGGUCAGUUCAAGGCUAAAAAGGCUGUUUUGCUUUCAGUAAUAUUUAACUGGAUAGUUUGGGCUACACCCCACAGUAACCAAGAAACUGCUACUGUACUGACUGUGGAAACAUGAUUUCUGUACAGCCUCUCUGAAUACUGCAUAACUCAUCCUGGACUAUUCAAGAACAAUGGCCUGACUGUUUCUCUGGCAAUAUGAAUGGCCACAUCCUUCAGCUGUGUGUAAUCCAAGCUGUAGCCUCUUUUAUCCAUCUAGAACCCAAGAAUGUUACUGUGUUAAGAGGCAGUGAGGUUCGCUUUAACUGCAGCACUGAUGAAUCCUGGGGUGUCAUGACGUGGCUGUUGGGUGGAAGAACUGUCCUCACCAUCUCAGUGGAACAUGGUCCUCUGGGUGGAGAUGAGCAUGUGUCCACAGUUAAUCACUCCAGCUCAUCUCUUUCCAUGUGGGAGUUGGUUUUGAUGAACGUUUCCUUCAGACCCAUUGUACAGGAAGUCAUAUGUGAACUGCUGCCUACAAGACUUGACAGAUCAUCAUCAGCCCUGUUUGUACAAGAAAAAGGAAAUGUCAGGAUUUUGGAGAGUGAUCUGUCAGUUCAAGAGGGGAUGCUUGUCACCUUCCAUUGCGAAGCGAGUGGCUGGUAUCCGGACCCUUCAGUGUCCUGGGUGGUCAAUGGCACCACUGUGGACAGAGAUGACUACAACACCAGCAGUCUCCAGGACCCCAAUGGCCUUUUCAACUCCACCAGUGUGCUUCAGAUAAAAGCAGAGACAAGCAGCACAGUGGAGUGUUGGGCAUCUGUGUCUGCCGCUGUAGCCCACCAAAACAGCAGUGUCAAGCUGACUGUAGUGGCACCGAAAGCUCCACAGGACUACACAGUUGUGAUCGCUGUCAUAGUGUCUGUGUGUACAAUCAUUCUGCUGGCAGUGCUCAUCCUGAUCUUGUACUAUAGAAAAAAACUGACAAAAUCAAGCUCUGAAAAUAAAGUCAGCUCCUCUUUAUGGACUGUCAAUUUAAGCAGUCGUCGGAGGUCUGUUGCUGAUGAAACCAGAGGAAAAGUUAACCCAGGAUACCACGGCGAAGACGUAACAAGUUCAGGACACCAUGACCUCAGGAAUAGAGCUGACAGCACGGUAAACAUCAUCAGCUCUCCACGGGUUCCUGAUAUUGUCAUUUUCAGCACUCAAAAUCAGAAAUUGGAAGAUUUUUCUAACCUCUACUCUAAGGGAGCAAAGACAGUCCGCCGAGUCACCACUGUUUGACCUCAGGGUCGACCUCACAUAAACCUCCCACUGCAAGAAAGAAACAAAGGUCAUAUAUGCUGAAAAUGAAGAUGCAAUAGAUGCAAUGCCUGUUUUUUUUUGUUUUUUUGUCACUUCAAAAAAUGUUAUGUAAUUAUUUUGCAUUAUUUUGUACUGGUGUAUUUGUAAGUUAUUUACAGUAUUCGUAUCUGUAUCGGUAAAGAGAGCUGCAGUGGUGACAUAUUUUUGUAGGCCAACCUGGAAGUCAGCAUCACCUGGUUCCCUAGGGUUUUUACAUUGGCUUUUGGAUUAAUGCAGUAAAUAAACUCUGUGACCAGCAAAAGUUUGAUGUCUUGUUCAUCAUAAUAAUAUUCACAAAUGAAUACAACUUGAGCCUAAAUACAGUCGGCAGAAGCAGCUAAACAUAGGAAAGAAACAAACUACACCAUGUUCACAUGACUCCAACAACACCACAACUGAAAAAGAGAGCGAUUUAUACAACAAACGCACACAAUAUCCUCUGAAAACGACCUAGUGAAUGGCUGAGUUUACUCUUUUCAAUGUGAUGAAAUUAAGUGACCCUGACAACCUCUGUAGUUCCAUUUAGCCACUUAUUAAAAGCCCAUUGUCUUUAAGUUGAUGGAAACCAAAGCUGAUUUAUGGGUUUUGGCCUACAAAAAUAUGUCAAUUCUACAGCACAUUUUUAACUGUGCAAUUUUUUUUUUAUUUUUUUAUUUGUGUUAUAGUGCAUCUUAUGCAUAGACAACUGCACUGUCAAGUAUUGCUUGGCACUUUUAAUAAUAAACAAAAACAACCUUUUCCUCAGAGGGUUCAAGUUAGGGAAAUUUGCCUUCAUGUUUUCCCUCUCUGCUGCUCGUCAGUCAUGGAUGGCAACUGCUGAAUAAAUUAGGGUUACCCUCCGUAGAUCACACAAAGUUGUCAUGAUAUGAGAGGGUGAUAACAUAAGCCUUUUGUUUUUGUUUGGGUUUCCAGACCAGUGUUGUAUUUCCUAGACCUGCUUGUGUUACUGAGGUUUUCAUUUGCCAUUCACAAGUGCUGGAUUGAUGUCAGGGUCAAGCAGACUGUUUCUCUGGGGUGAUUUACAGAGGCCACUGCCUGCCUUUCAAACACUUCUGCGUCUCACAGGAUGUCUCGAUGUUCAGCACAAAUAUUGCAGAACAGUACUUGAGACCUGUUAGAUAAUACAUUUGGCGUUCUUAUAUACAUUUGUCUUUUUAUCUGUAAUUAUUAUUUUUGCAAUUAAUAAUGAAGCGUACAAUUGCUGUGUCCCAGCUUAAUACCUGGAAAAAAAUCUAGUUUUGUUGAUAGUUUGAAUUAGCUUUUAUUUUUCUAUUUUCAAUGUCAUUUUAAUUUAAUUUAAUUAGAUUUUUUACUUUGCUGAAAUGUUACAAUGUGUAGUUUUAGCUAAUAACAGU